GCGACACCCACGUGAGUUUCGCUUUCGCUCCAUGGUCGGAACCGAAGUGAAAAGACCACACGGUGUAAAUAUGUCAGGUCUCCUGUAAACACUUAAAUGACUGUCGUAUAAAUGAUCGGUCUUGUAAUGGGGUUUAACGGGAAAUGCAGCUAAGCUUCCCAGCAAAGGGACGAAACUCGCGUAUUUCCCCAAAUAGAGUGUCGCAGAUUUCAUGGUGAAAAAUAUGGAUUUAAAAUCAUGGAAUUGAUCUGCUACAUACACGUAGUGGCGCAUUUUAUACUGAUGAUCCUCAAUUUCGCCGGUGCGUUUGACGUACGGCCGCCUCGGGAUGUAAAGUUAGUGCAAUUUGAACUACAGUGGCAAUCUCCCGGUGGUGACGACGACGAUGUUCUGUACAAAGUGCAGUAUAAUAAUGGCUCAGAACCAGUGGAUGUCUGGCACAACGUAACGAGCCAGAAUGGAACAAAAUUAGCAAUAACUGAAGAAUUUUAUGGAGCGAAAUUCAGAGUGCGUGCAGAGAAAGACGGCCGUGCGUCCGAAUGGAAAAUUUCAAAGCAUGUCCAGUGUGUACAUCUUAUCUGCAUUCCUUUGAUGACCGUGAAUGUGAAACCAGGAAAGACGUACCUGUCUAUGUCACGUAUGGACCAGAGCCUUGAAAUGGAGUAUGGAGUUAAUAUCGCUUUUAAUAUAUCAUCGCGGAAAGUAGUUACUGGAGGUUACUCGGAGGUACAGUUUCAUGUAACACAAAAUAAGAAUGAAGUCAUUCUUGAUCUUGAAUCAGGGCAGACGUACUGUUUCCACGUUCAGAAUUCACUUUUCAAUAAACCGGUUGGAAAUUCCAGCGAACAACAGUGUUUUAUCAUACCAGAAACACCUGAGGAAGCGAAGAGGCGCACUAUUCUCACCACUAUAGUUACUACACUUUUUAUUUUAACCGUGUGUGGUGGUUGCAUUUUUUUAAUUUUCAAGAACCACAAAAAGUUUAAACAGCUCUUAAGAAACCCAUUGGAUGUUUCCAGGAACAUUCAAGAGUUUUUGUCUCAGGAUUUUACUCAGCAACCAUCUCCAAGUCCCAGCGUUCAAAGUUUAUGGUCUUGUGAUCUUAUCACAAUUAUAGACGAUGUCAGUAUGGGGGAGAAUGUCCAAGAGAGAAUAUCUUGAUUCUGGUAAUAGAGAUUAUGAUUGUUUGAUAUUGUGUUUUUAACACUCUUUUGGAUGUUUUCCAUUAAUCGAGGAACAUCCUUUAUCAUGUCACGUACCAGCUCACAAAUUCAGAUAUUUGCUUCAAAGGCUAUUACUUUAUACUGGUUUUGAAUGCAAAAAGAUUUCUCCUUUUACUUGAGCAUUAAGUCUUUAGAUAGAACACCACUAUCCUUUGUAUUUUUAAUUUCUGAUUAAUUUUCUUUUUUUGGUUGGUCAUAAUUUCAAAAUAUUGUGUUUGAGGAUUUACCUAAUACCAGCCCGCUUAGUAACACAGGCCUACUGAUGGAUUUUACAUGAUGGAGGGAAGAAUGUCCUGACGAGGUUGGGUUGCUUAUAAAAAGGCCAGGUUAAAUGGAGAUAACAAUGUAACGAUAAUGUAUUAACAUUAUGUUCGUUCAGAAUUUAUUUAUGUUCUAGUAAUGUUUUAUACGACAGUGGGAUGUGGCAUUUUGACACGCACUAUCAAGCAGUGAUUGUGAGUACAAAUGUGGUUAGGAUGUAUGUACAUGUAUAAUAUGAUGCAGUUGAAAUGUAUCCUGUUUGAAUGAAUUUCAUAUGAUGUAAUCAGUGAUGCAUUAUUGCUGUACUGUGUUGAUGCAAAUCUUUUAUAAUCGAAAGAGAAAACAAACGACUAUGAUUAAGUUUUACAUUUAGUCAUUUGGCAGACGCUUUUAUCCAAAGCGACUUACUGUGCACUUAUUACAGGGACAAUCCCCCUGGUGCAACAUGGAGUAAAGUGUCUUGCUCAAGGACACACUGGUGGUGGCUGCUGGGAUCAAACCAGCAACCUUUGAUUUACCAGUUCAGUGGUUUAACCCACUAGACCACCAUUGUGAUUACUGACAAACAUUGAUUUGUCUGAUGAUUUUUAAAUAUUUGUGCGCAACUGUGAAUAGGUCCUUAUUGUAAACAACGGAGUUGGUUCUUCAAUCAAUAUUUUUGCACUGUUUUGAUAAUUAAUACUGAUUUACUGAAUUUUAAAAACCUCUUUCACAAAUGUGAUGUAGGUCGGAGUACAUAAAAAGGUAACAAAG